AUGCCAUUAACCACUGAGCCUGCCAUCACCACACCUGGGGCUACUACCGAGGCCAGCACCCUGUCAACUGCUCCUGCUGGCACCAGCUCCGUGGUGACCACUUCUGCUCACGCCACUUCCUCCCCUAUUGCUCCUGGGGGCGUCACCACGUCUUCAGCUGCACCCAGUGAAAGAAGCACGAUAUCAACAGCUGGGCCUGACACCACCACACCUGGGGCCACUACUGAGGCCAGCACCGUGUCAACCCCUCCUCUCUCUGGUGGCCUCGUCUACUCUGUCCAGUUCCUCCCCUAUAGGUACUGGAGAUGCCACCACGCUUUCAACCUCUCCUGUUGGAGGAAGCACACCACCAACCACCACGCCUGUCACCACCACACCUGGGGCCACUAUGGAGGCCAGCACCUUUUCAAUCGCUGCUUCAGACACCAGCUCACUGGUGAGCACGUCCACUCAGGGCAGUUCCUCCCCUACCACUCCUGGAAGCACCACCACUUCCUCAACCACUCCCAGUGGAGGAAGCACACCAUUCACCACCGGGCCUGCCACCACCACACCUGGGGCCACUACCGAGGCCGGCACCCCUUCAACAGCUCCUGCGGGUACCAGCUCUCUGGUGACCACGUCUGCUCAGGCCAGUUUCUCCCCUGCCAUUCCUGGAGAUGCCACCACGGUUUCAACCAGUCCCGGUGGAGAGAUCACGCCAGCAACCACCAGACCUGCCACCACCACACCUGGGGCCACUACCGAGGCCAGCACCGUUUCAACCACCCCUGCUGGCACCAGCUCAGUGGUGACCACUUCUCCUCAUGCCAGUUCCUCCUCUACUGCUCCUGGAGGCGUCACCAUGUCUUCAACUGCACCCCGCACCAGCCUAGAGGUUACCGAGUCUACUCUGGCCAGUUUCUCCCCUACAGCUUCGGAAGGGGCCACCAACCCCUCAAAAGCUCCCGGUGGAGAGAGCACGCCAUCAACCAGCAAGCCUGCCACCACCACAUCUGGGGCUGCGACCAUGACCAGCACCCCAUCAACUGCUCCAGUGGGCACCAGCUCACUGGUGACCACCUCUACUCAGGUCGGUUCUUCUUCUACUGCUCCUGGAGGCGCCACCUCGCCUUCAACCUCUAUGGGUGUAGGAAGCACGGCAUCAGAAACUGGGCCUGCCACCACCACACCGGGGGCCACUACCGAGGCCAGCACCCCGUCAACUACUCCUGGGGGCACCAGCUCACUGUUAACCAUGACUUCUCAGGGCAGUUUGUCUCCUACUACUCCUGGAGGCGCCACCUUCCCUUCAACCUCUCCCGGUGCAGAGAGCACGCCAUCAACCACCGGGCUUGCCACCACCACACGUGGGACCACUACGGAUGCCGGUACUGGAGAUGCCACCACGCUUUCAACGGCUGGCGGAGGAGAAAGCAGACCAUCAACCACCAAGCCUGUCACCACCACACCCGGGGCCACUAUGGAGGCCAGCACCUUUUCAAUCGCUGCUUCAGAAACCAGCUCACUGGUGAGCACCUCCACUCAGGGCAGUUCCUCCCGUACCACUCCUGGAAGCACCACCACUUCCUCAACCGCUCCCAGUGGAGGAAGCACGCCAUUCACCACCGGGCCUGCCACCACCACACCUGGGGCCACUACCGAGGCCAGCACCCCGUCAACCGCUCCUGCUGGUACCAGCUCUCUGGCCCGCACCUUUUCAACCACUGCCGUGGGCACCAGCUCACCAAUGACCACGUCUACUCAGGCCAGUUCCUCUCCUACUGCUCAUGGAGAUGCCACCUCGCCUUCAAAUUCUCCCAGUGCAGGAAGCACGCCAUCAAUCACCAGGCUUGCCACCGCCACACCUGGGGUCACUACGGAGGCCAGCACCCUUUCACCAGUGACCACAUCUACUCAGGGCAUUUCCUCCCCUACCACUUCCGGAGGCGCCACCACAUCCUCAACCGCUCCUGGUACUGGAGAUGCCACCACGCUUUCAACCUCUCCUGUUGGAGGAAGCACACCACCAACCACCAAGCCUGUCACCACCACACCUGGGGCCACUAUGGAGGCCAGCACCUUUUCAAUCGCUGCUUCAGACACCAGCUCACUGGUGAGCACGUCCACUCAGGGCAGUUCCUCCCCUACCACUCCUGGAAGCACCACCACUUCCUCAACCACUCCCAGUGGAGGAAGCACACCAUUCACCACCGGGCCUGCCACCACCACACCUGGGGCCACUACCGAGGCCGGCACCCCUUCAACAGCUCCUGCGGGUACCAGCUCUCUGGUGACCACGUCUGCUCAGGCCAGUUUCUCCCCUGCCAUUCCUGGAGAUGCCACCACGGUUUCAACCAGUCCCGGUGGAGAGAUCACGCCAGCAACCACCAGACCUGCCACCACCACACCUGGGGCCACUACCGAGGCCAGCACCGUUUCAACCACCCCUGCUGGCACCAGCUCAGUGGUGACCACUUCUCCUCAUGCCAGUUCCUCCUCUACUGCUCCUGGAGGCGUCACCAUGUCUUCAACUGCACCCCGCACCAGCCUAGAGGUUACCGAGUCUACUCUGGCCAGUUUCUCCCCUACAGCUUCGGAAGGGGCCACCAACCCCUCAAAAGCUCCCGGUGGAGAGAGCACGCCAUCAACCAGCAAGCCUGCCACCACCACAUCUGGGGCUGCGACCAUGACCAGCACCCCAUCAACUGCUCCAGUGGGCACCAGCUCACUGGUGACCACCUCUACUCAGGUCGGUUCUUCUUCUACUGCUCCUGGAGGCGCCACCUCGCCUUCAACCUCUAUGGGUGUAGGAAGCACGGCAUCAGAAACUGGGCCUGCCACCACCACACCGGGGGCCACUACCGAGGCCAGCACCCCGUCAACUACUCCUGGGGGCACCAGCUCACUGUUAACCAUGACUUCUCAGGGCAGUUUGUCUCCUACUACUCCUGGAGGCGCCACCUUCCCUUCAACCUCUCCCGGUGCAGAGAGCACGCCAUCAACCACCGGGCUUGCCACCACCACACGUGGGACCACUACGGAUGCCGGUACUGGAGAUGCCACCACGCUUUCAACGGCUGGCGGAGGAGAAAGCAGACCAUCAACCACCAAGCCUGUCACCACCACACCCGGGGCCACUAUGGAGGCCAGCACCUUUUCAAUCGCUGCUUCAGAAACCAGCUCACUGGUGAGCACCUCCACUCAGGGCAGUUCCUCCCGUACCACUCCUGGAAGCACCACCACUUCCUCAACCGCUCCCAGUGGAGGAAGCACGCCAUUCACCACCGGGCCUGCCACCACCACACCUGGGGCCACUACCGAGGCCAGCACCCCAUCAACCGCUCCUGCUGGUACCAGCUCUCUGGCCCGCACCUUUUCAACCACUGCCGUGGGCACCAGCUCACCAAUGACCACGUCUACUCAGGCCAGUUCCUCUCCUACUGCUCAUGGAGAUGCCACCUCGCCUUCAAAUUCUCCCAGUGCAGGAAGCACGCCAUCAAUCACCAGGCUUGCCACCGCCACACCUGGGCCUGCCAUCACCACACCUGGGGCUACUACCGAGGCCAGCACCCUGUCAACUGCUCCUGCUGGCACCAGCUCCGUGGUGACCACUUCUGCUCACGCCACUUCCUCCCCUAUUGCUCCUGGGGCGUCACCACGUCUUCAGCUGCACCCAGUGAAAGAAGCACGAUAUCAACAGCUGGGCCUGACACCACCACACCUGGGGCCACUACUGAGGCCAGCACCGUGUCAACCCCUCCUGUGAACACCAGUUCACUGGUGACCAUAUCUACUCAGGGCAUUUCCUCCCCUACUGCUCCUGGAGGAGCCACCACAUCCUCAACCGCUCCUGGUGGAGGAAGCACGCCAUCCACCAAUGAGCCUGCCACCAGCACACCUAGGGCCACUACCGAGGCCCGUAGCCCAUCAACCGCUCCUGCGGGCACCAGCUCUCUGGUGGCCUCGUCUACUCUGUCCAGUUCCUCCCCUAUAGGUACUGGAGAUGCCACCACGCUUUCAACCUCUCCUGUUGGAGGAAGCACACCACCAACCACCAAGCCUGUCACCACCACACCUGGGGCCACUAUGGAGGCCAGCACCUUUUCAAUCGCUGCUUCAGACACCAGCUCACUGGUGAGCACGUCCACUCAGGGCAGUUCCUCCCCUACCACUCCUGGAAGCACCACCACUUCCUCAACCACUCCCAGUGGAGGAAGCACACCAUUCACCACCGGGCCUGCCACCACCACACCUGGGGCCACUACCGAGGCCGGCACCCCUUCAACAGCUCCUGCGGGUACCAGCUCUCUGGUGACCACGUCUGCUCAGGCCAGUUUCUCCCCUGCCAUUCCUGGAGAUGCCACCACGGUUUCAACCAGUCCCGGUGGAGAGAUCACGCCAGCAACCACCAGACCUGCCACCACCACACCUGGGGCCACUACCGAGGCCAGCACCGUUUCAACCACCCCUGCUGGCACCAGCUCAGUGGUGACCACUUCUCCUCAUGCCAGUUCCUCCUCUACUGCUCCUGGAGGCGUCACCAUGUCUUCAACUGCACCCCGUGGAGGAAGCACAGUAUCAACACCUGGGCCUGACACCACCACACCUGGGGCCACUGCUGAGGCCAGCACCACGUCAACCACUUCUGCAGGCACCAGCCUAGAGGUUACCGAGUCUACUCUGGCCAGUUUCUCCCCUACAGCUUCGGAAGGGGCCACCAACCCCUCAAAAGCUCCCGGUGGAGAGAGCACGCCAUCAACCAGCAAGCCUGCCACCACCACAUCUGGGGCUGCGACCAUGACCAGCACCCCAUCAACUGCUCCAGUGGGCACCAGCUCACUGGUGACCACCUCUACUCAGGUCGGUUCUUCUUCUACUGCUCCUGGAGGCGCCACCUCGCCUUCAACCUCUAUGGGUGUAGGAAGCACGGCAUCAGAAACUGGGCCUGCCACCACCACACCGGGGGCCACUACCGAGGCCAGCACCCCGUCAACUACUCCUGGGGGCACCAGCUCACUGUUAACCAUGACUUCUCAGGGCAGUUUGUCUCCUACUACUCCUGGAGGCGCCACCUUCCCUUCAACCUCUCCCGGUGCAGAGAGCACGCCAUCAACCACCGGGCUUGCCACCACCACACGUGGGACCACUACGGAUGCCGGUAGCCUGUCAGCCACUCCUGUUGAUACCAGCUCACCAGUGACCGUGUCUACUCAGGCCAGUUCCUUCCCUACCACUCCUGGAGGGGCCACCAUGGUUUCAACUGCUCCCUUUGGAGGAAGCACACCAUCAACCACCAAGCCAGUCACCACCACACCUGAAGCCACUACUGAGGCCAGCACCUUGUCAAUUUCUCCUGUGGGCACCAGUUCACCAAUGACCACGUCUACUCAGGGCAGUUCCUCUCCUACUGCUACUGGAGGUGCCACCUCGCCUUCAACUUCUCCCAGUGCAGGAAGCACAUCAUCAAUCACCAGGCUUGCCACCACCACACCUGGGGUCACUACGGAGGCCAGCACCCUGUCAACUGCUCCUGUUGACACCAGCUCACCGGUGACCAUGUCUACUCAGGGCAGUUCCUUCCCUCCCACUCUUGAAGGGGCCACCACGGCUUCAACUGCUCCCUUUGGAGGAAGCACACUAUCAACCACCGAGCCAGUCACCACCACUACACCUGGGGCCACUACUGAGGCCAGCACCCUGUCAACUUCUCCUGCUGGCACCAGCUCAGUGGUGACCACUUCUACUCAUGCCAUUUCCUCCCCUACUGCUCCUGGAGGUGUCACCAUGUCUUCAGCUGCGCCCAGUGAAGGAAGCAUGAUAUCAACAGCUGGGCCUGACACCGCCACACCUGGGGCCACUACUGAGGCCAGCACCGUGUCAACCCCUCCUGUGAGCACCAGUUCACUGGUGACCAUAUCUACUCAGGGCAUUUCCUCCCCUACUGCUCCUGGAGGAGCCACCACAUCCUCAACCGCUCCUGGUGGAGGAAGCAUGCCAUCCACCAAUGAGCCUGCCACCAGCACACCUAGGGCCACUACUGAGGCCCGUACCCCAUCAACCGCUCCUGCGGGCACCAGCUCUCUGGUGGCCACGGCUACUCAGGCCAGUUCCUCCCCUAUAGGUCCUGGAGAUGCCACCACGCUUUCAACGGCUGGCGGAGGAGAAAGCAGACCAUCAACCACCAAGCCUGUCACCACCACACCCGGGGCCACUAUGGAGGCCAGCACCUUUUCAAUCGCUGCUUCAGACACCAGCUCACCUGUGAUCACGUCCACUCAGGGCAGUUCCUCCCGUACCACUCCUGGAAGCACCACCACUUCCUCAACCGCUCCCAGUGGAGGAAGCACGCCAUUCACCACCGGGCCUGCCACCACCACACCUGGGGCCACUACCGAGGCCAGCACCCCGUCAACCGCUCCUGCUGGUACCAGCUCUCUGGUGAGCACAUCUGCUCAGGCCAGUUUCUCCCCUGCCAUUCCUGGAGAUGCCACCACGAUUUCAACCAGUCCCAGUGGAGGAAUCAUGCCAGCAACCACCAGGCCUGCCACCAUUACUACUGGGGCCACUACCGAGGCCAGCACCGUUUCAACCACUCCUGCUGGCACCAGCUCAGUGGUGACUACUUCUCCUCAUGCCAGUUCCUCCUCUACACCUGGAGGUGUCACCAUGUCGUUAACUGCACCCAGUGGAGGAAGCACAGCAUCAACCCCUGGGCCUGACACCACCACACCUGGGGCCACUGUUGAGGCCAGCACCAUGUCAACCACUUCUGCAGGCACCAGGUCAGUGGUUACCACGUCUACUCUGACCAGUUCCUCCCCUACGGUUUCUGGAGGGGCUACCGACCCUUCAAAAGCUCCCAGUGGAGAGAGCACGCCAUCAACCAGCAAGCCUGCCACCACCACAUCUGGGGAUGCGACCAUGACCAGCACCCCAUCAACUGCUCCUGUGGGCACCAGCUCUCUGGUGGCCACCUCUACUCAGGCCAGUUCCUCCCCUAUAGCUCUUGGAGAUGCCACCACGCUUUCAACCGCUCCCAGCAGAGAAAGCACACCAUCAACCACCGAGCCUGCCACCACCACACCUGGGGCCACUACUGAGGCCAGCACCUUGUCAGCUUCUUCUGUGGGCACCAGUUCACCAGUGACCACAUCUAUUCAGGGCAUUUCCUCCCCUACCACUCCUGGAGCCGCCACCACAUCCUCAACCACUCCUGGUGGAGGAAGCACGCCAUCCACCAAUGAGCCUGCCACCACCACACCUGGGGCCACUACCGAGGCCAUCACCCUGUCAACUGCUCCUGCGGGCACCAGCUCUCUGGUGGCCACCUCUACUCAGGCCAGUUCCUCCCCUAUAGCUCCUGGAGAUGCCACCACGCUUUCAACGGCUCCCGAUGGAGAAAGCAGACCAUCAACCACCGAGCCUGCCACCCCCACAACUGGGGCCACUACUGAAGCCAGCACCUUGUCAAUUUCUCUAGCGGGCACCAGCUCACUGGUAACCACGUCUACUCAGGCAGGUUUCUUCCCUACCACUCCUGAAGGUGCCAACACGCUUUCAAAAACUCCCGGUGGAGAGAGCACGCCAUCAACCAGCAAGGCUGCCACCACCACAUCUGGGGCCGCUACUGUGACCAGCACCUCGUCAGCCCCUUUUCUGGGCACCAGCUCCCUGGUGACCAUGGAUACCCAGGCCAGUUCAUCUUCUAUAAGUGUAGAUGGCACCACCAUGCCUAUGUCUACUCUGAGUGAAGGAAGCACUCUCAGCACCGCCCAUGUGACCAGUUCUGGGGCUCGCACACAUUCAAGCCCUCCUGUUGACACCCGCACCUCUGUGACCACUUCUACCAAAGCCAGUUCAUCUCCUACCACUCUGGAGGGCACCACCAUUCCUACUACGAAGGACUUUACAACAAAUGCAGUGAGUACUGCUGCUACCCUCACGUAUGUGACCGUGUCUACUGCCCCCAGCACACCCAGCACAGCCAGCAGAGGCUCCACUACCUCUACAUCGACUCUUUCUGCAGCCAGUACGGCUCUCACCUCUAUUCCCAUCAUCACGCGUUCCGUGACCCCUCUGUCAGAAUCCAGCGUGCCGUCAACAAUACCUUCUCGCCCCGUCCCACCUGUGUUUCCUCCUGGUCACUCCAGUACACCUUCAACCACGUCUGCCUCCCCGACGCCUGUGACCACUGACGCUGUCACUACCAUGACCACCAGGACACAUCCCAGUACACGGAUCACUUCCUCCCCCACGGUGACCACCACCACCACCGUCCCCAGGACUACUUCCACAAUUAAUAGCACCGCCACCUCAACUCCUGCUGUGCCAACAACCACAACACAGCAAUGCUUCAAUGGAGGAGAGUGGAAAGAAGACGCCUGUGACUGCCCCCCUGGCUACAGAGGAGAUCGGUGCCAGUACGCGGCCGUUGUCUGCAUGAACGGAGGCUCCUGGGAUGGGCUCAAGUGCCAGUGUCCCUCCCCCUACAUUGGGGAGGUCUGUGAGGAGGUGUCCAACAGCCUUGACAUAACGCCACCGGAGACAGUCUCCGCCCAAAUGGAAAUGACUGUGACAGUGACCAGUGUGAAGUUCACCGAUGAGCUGAAUGACCGUGCUUCCGAGGAAUUCAAGAAUUUCAACAAGACAUUCACGGAAGAGAUGAACCGUGUGUACGCCAAUAUCACCGAGUAUGUCGGGGUGAACAUCAAAAAGCUACGGCAUGGCAGUGUGGUGGUGGAGCAUGAGGUCCUCCUAAGAACCAAGUACACGCCAGAGUUCCAGACAGCGUUGAACAAUGCCAGCAAGGUCGUGAAAGAAAGAAUCACAAAAGUGACUGAGGAGCAAAUAAUGAUCAACGAUAAUUGCUCAGCCUUGCUGUGUUACAACACCAGUGGUACCCAGGUGCAAAACAUCACGAUGACCCAGUACGACGCUGUAGCAAAAUGCCGGGAGGCGGCCGGGGCGGACUAUGAAGACUACUUCCUAGUGGAAUACCAGGACCAGCAACCAAAAUGCAUCAGCCCCUGCGAGCCCGGCUACAAUGCCUCCAAGAACUGUAACUUCGGCAAGUGCCAGUUGCUUCGAAGUGGCCCCCGGUGCUACUGCUUGACCACGGAAACUCACUGGUACAGAGGGGAAGACUGUGACCAGGGCAUCCAGAAGAGUCUGGUGUACUGGCUUGUGGGGGCAGGGUGCGUGCUGGUGCUGAUCAUCCUGAUAGCUCUCCUGAUACUCACUUUCCACUCCAAGAGAGAGGUGAAACGGCAAAAGUCCAAAUUGUCUCAGUUGUACAAGUGGCAAGAAGAGAAAGGUGGACCAGCUCCUGGGGCAUUCCAAAACAUUGGCUUUGACAUCUCCCAAGAAGAAAAUGAUUCCAUCCACCUGGACUCCAUCUACAGUAAUUUCCAUCCCUCCCUGGGCCACGUAGACCCUGAAACGAAGAUCCAAAUUCAGAGGCCUCAGAUGACGAUGACAUCACUUUAAGGCAUGAAGCUGAGAAGUCCGGGAGUGAGGAUAUUGCAGUCCCGCUAAGCUUGGUGGAACAUUUGCCCAUAAAGGGACUUCCAUGGGAACUCAAUUGAAACAAGCCCUGUACUUAUUAAGGAGAAAGAGGAGAGAGACAGCAGUGGUGGGAGAUUCUUAAACAGAAAACCAUGGAAGCUCCAAUGGGCUUGUCAUGAUAUCAGGCUAGGCUCUCAUGCUCAUUUUUCAAAGAGGUUCCAGAUUUGAGGGUGAUACGGCUGUAACAUAGGUCACCCCAUUGAUCGCCAGUAUUGAUUUGGCUGAUCUGGCCGGGUAGAUAGGCGUCCCCUUCCUUCCUCGCUGCUCCAUUUUUGUCCGUCCUAAAGCUGCAUGCUCAGUUGGAGAGGAUGAGAGGACGACCCUCUCUGAUAGAGGAGGACGAUUCUUCUGUCAAAGGCAUACAGAUAUCUGGACUUCCCUGCUAGAACUUCCAAACAAGCUCAGAGAAGUCCCCCGCUCGCGUCUGCACGGGUUCAGCACCACGGACAGCGCCCUCGUCUCGCUGUUCACAACCGUGACCCCUUCGACACUGGACUGCGUUUUACAUUUCAAAAAAUACUCUCGUAAGAAUUACUGCAUACCGUCUCAUGAAAAAAACCUAUGUUUAAAUAUAUAGCAUUUGCCUUUAGUAUAUAAGGGUAUAGGUAUUUUUUUAAGUUCUUAUUUUUAUGAGUUCUGAUUUUUCCUUAGUAAAUGUUAUACUAUAUAUUUGUAGAAGCUAAAAAUAAUAAAUCAACUUUAUUAUAAUUUU